UCCUCUGCCUCUUGCUGCCGGCUUUCCCUCGGCAGUUCGGGAUAGAGGAAGUUGGCCAGACUCCUUUCCUUUUGAGCCAAGGCAUGGGCUGCUUGGGAGGAGUGGAGCCGGCUUGGGAAGGAGUACGACAAAAAGAGGGAAAAUAUGGACAUGGAAAAGCCCAGAGACUUUGGCAGUCUCCGAGCAAUGUUUCAAAAUGAUUCCAAUUUUUCCAAUAUGCUCCUGGAGUCUGCAAAGAAGCCUACUACCAAAUUCAGUCCACGGCAAAAUACCGGUGGCUCGUCUGUGUCUCGUCCCACGCCAAAACCCUUGAACCAAAGGCAGGUUCCAGAUCCUGAACAGCAAACCAAGCAAUUCAGUUACACGUCACAGAAACUGGAACUCAGGCAAGUCAAGCCUAUGAUAUUCCUAAAGGUCAAGCUCAAAGAUAGGAAGGACCCCAACCUCUCUGGGGCCAUUUGCAAGCCACCUUCAUUGGGGGAAGAAUUACAGAAACCACAUCCAAGACCUCAAGGGUCUGAAGGAGCAAACAGUUCUUUUCGCAACACACUGCACAUUUGGGAAAGUGCCUCAGCACAAGGUGACUGGAAAUGUGGUGCAACACCACCACAGCAUACAAUCAGGACAACUUCUCUUUCCCACCCAAAAGUUGUUAAUGUUGCGAUUUCGACAGAGGACAAAGCAAAAAUAGCUGGACUUAAGCAAGGGGUGGUUCUUGAUGUGUGUAAGCCUUCAUCCCCCGUACACAAUGAAUUUGUUCCUACAAUUUCACCUCCAGUUCCUCCAAGAAGUCAUGCAAGCUUAAAUAAAGUGGUUGCUGGUUUUUCUCCAAGUAGUUCGAACAAUUUGAACAGUCUAAGCAAGGUCUCAAAUGAAAGAUGUCCUGAUGAUGAAGAUACCAAGCUUCCAAAAAUCAAGCUCCUCCCUUCUAUCAAAGAGCUUGGUCCUCCUCCAAAGAAGCCACUAAGACCUCCCAAGGUAGAUCUUGCUGCCUUCCAACAGAAUUGUCCAGAUAAUCCAGAUGAUGCAUACUUGACUCCUGAAAUUACUGAACUGGAAGAUUUGAACACCUAUGAAGAAACCAUAUACUACCAGGAACAGCAAGAGAACUGUCCUAAUUUUGUUCAACGGCCUAUACAUUCUUUCAAGUCUUUGAAAAAGGAAGAUACUAAGAUUUGCAGUCCCAGAACUAUAUUCAUGAAAGCCCAAAUCGGAGGGAAUGAGAAGAGCAUGCCUCAAGAGGAAACAAAUCAGUGUUUCUCUGGAGAAGGAUUGGCAAAGGAUGGAGAUUUUUCAGAUGAUUAUGUAUGCCUGGAAUCUUUAAGAACCGAUGAAAGGAAGUGGAACCCAGAUCUAAGAAUUGCUACAUUGGAGCAAGCUGCAGAGCAAGUGUAUGAUGAUGUGGAAGGAAUAGAGAGAGACCUACAAUCCUCCGAUGCCCACAGAUCAUUUGUUUUACAUUCCAAUGAUACCUACGAAGAAACAUAUGAAGAUAUUGAAAGUGACAUUCAAAGUGAAGGUUAUAAUUCCUCCAAAUCAGAAAUUUCUGGAAAAGGAAUUAUUCAUUCCAGGAAUUAUAAAAGAGAUAUCAAAAUUGAAAAACUCAAAGGAUUUGGAAAAAUUUUCAAAGGAAAAUUCAAAAUAAAAAGCGCACACAUGAAAGAGAGUUCUCGCAAUGUUUCCCGUUCUGUACCAAACCUAGUUGCAGAUGUCAUGGCCCAGGAAAACUUUGUGUAUAAUGACAUUGACCCAGAACAAAAUGAUACAAGAAAUCCCUUUAAAGUCAAGAAAUACAUUGUAGAAAAAAAUAACAAGAUGACAAAGGAGGAACAAUCGUUUAGAGAGAGAUUUAUGUAUAAUAAAGAAAUCGCAGUAAUAAAUACGGCAGUUGCACAUUGCUCAAAUACUCCUAUCAGAGGAAACCUGGACUUGAGGAUCUUGCCUGGAGAACAGCUUGAAGUUAUAGACAUCACUGAAGGAAAUCAACUGAUAUGUCGGAAUUCUGAAGGCAAAUAUGGGUAUGUGCUAUUAGAACAUUUGAAUUUCAGGCACUAGUGCUGUACAACUGAAGGUCAACAAGUGUGACUUACGAAAGGAUGUUGUAGGCACAAUAUAGGGAAAAUAGUCUGUAAGAAUGUUUGUUGCUUGGGAAAGAAAACAAAAAACGGAAUUGUGGACAACACACUCAGUCUGAAUUCUUCAGAAGCUGACAACUGCUACUUUUUGAAUGAUUGUCAUAAAAGUAACUUUUAAAAAAAGAAUGCUUGAUAUACAUGUUUUCCUGUCCAAAGUUUAUCAUUCUAGGUGCAGAGUUACAAAUAACUUAGUAUCAUUGUCUGUAAAAACUUUUUUUUUUCAAACUUUGUUUCAAAUUACAACUCUUCCCAGAGCAGCUCUUUUAAAUGGUAAUUGCAAAUGUCACUUUGGUUCUUUGGAUACUGUAUAGCAAUACUUAGUCUUUGUGUGCAAAACAUAUUACCUGCUUUUGACACAUUUUUUGUAUGUAUUUUGUCAAUGUUAGGAGUAUCACACUUAGUUUUAUACUUAAUUGUGUUUAAUUAGUGUAAGAAUUUGUGGACUUAGCAUUGAGAACAAAUAUUGGGAGUCCAUUUGAUGCACUAUUUUUAAAUAUAAAUAGGAGAAAUAAAGUAUGAAUUGGCAAUUAAAACACAUUUGCAGCUAAGUGUACAGCUUGACAUAAAACUUUGCAGAACUUAAACGCAUACUAAGAAGUGUUUAUUGUUUCAUUUUUAAAAAAAGAAAAAACCAGAAUUGUAUUUAACUGUGAUUAUUUACCAAUAUAAUGAAUACUGCAAUCAGAAUAAGUUUCCUCUGUGUUGGAAAGUCCUGUUUGUUUUAAAUCUGCUGUCAAAAGAUGGAGAGUGGGCAGGAAAUAUAAAGAUGAAGUUCCAUUGUGAUACCUGCCAUUGUGAUACCUGCCUGAACAACUUUGUUGAUACCCAAAGGAAAGGGAUUUUACAUUCUUCCAGAACAACUUAUGAUCAGGCAACAGUGUAAAAACUUUGUCCCUACUACUGGUGCCUCUCAACUUAUUCUCAGGAUUUUUAUGACUAAAGGGAAAGCGUCAUUCUGUAUUCUGACUACGUCAUCAUUGGAUAUAUAUAUACAGGCAGUCCUUGUUUAGUGACCAUUAGCAGCUAUGAUGGUAAUGAAAAAGUAACUUUACAACCAACCCUCACAUUAAUGAGCUUCCCAGGUCUGUAAAGCAGGAAGGAAAGCAGUCACCGUUUCACUUGACAAAUUGCCGGUCUCUACUGUGGUUGCGAAAUGAGGACUACCUAUAACAAAUUCGAAUAGUGCACUAUUCAAUUUAAGCUAAUGCAAAUUAUAAAUUGAUAACAUUGAUAACAAUUUUUAGUUAAUGUGAUGCUAGUCGAGUCUAGCGCACUGUAAGGCGAUUAAUUUUCUCAAGGGCUGCAUAAGAAACUGGGAUUGUUAUGGAGGGCUGCCACCAUGGGCUGCAGAGGGACAGCCAAAAGGCCAGAUGUGGUCUGUGGGUUGUAAAAUGUCCAAGUGUGGUCUAGUGCACACAUAGUUGCCAUUGGGGUUUUAGAUGCUAAUUGUUGCGAUGCAAAAUGGAGAAAACUUUCCAUUUGACGAAAGCUCCCCCCC